UUUCGAACCGAUACGGAUCAACAUAAUGCGAAAGCGAUAUCUCGCUAUAUCGACUUUUGACAAUCGACUUUGUAAAUGUAAAUCUACCGGCUGUGUUUAUUGUGGUUUACCGACAGUUUUUUCAGUAUUUUCGUGCUCGAUAUAAAAAAAGGGAACAUUAUGGAAACUGUUCGACCGUGUGGCUGCAAAGGGAUACGCUCUUGCUUAAUUUGCGAGGCUAAAUAUAAGAUAUCGAAGCCGGAUCUGAAGGAAAUAUUACAGAAAAGCAAAUCUUAUGUUUAUUGCCCAUAUUGUGAUAAAUUAUCACCUGGAUGGGAUAUAGAUGAGUAUAAAAAACAUCCUCACCAUGAUGGAAAUUUAAUUGACUAUCCUGGUGUUUAUAUCAAGUUAAAUUUCUUAAAUGAAGAUGAGGCUAAGAAACUGAUGGAAGCACUCGAUUAUCUCCCUUGGCAAACUUCACAGAGUGGUAGAAGAAAACAGAAUUUUGGACCAAAAUGUAACUUUAAAAAGAGAAAGUUACAAUUAGGAGUAUUUGACGGUUUUCCUAAAACAACACAGUUUGUACAAAAUAAAUUUGAAGAAAUACCACUGCUACAUGGUUUUAGAACUGUCGAGCAAUGUUCGCUUGAAUAUGAUCCCGAACGAGGAGCCUCUAUUGAUCCUCACAUUGACGAUUGCUGGAUUUGGGGAGAACGCAUAGUGACUGUUAAUGUUCUCGGUGAUGCUGUGUUAACUAUGACUCCUUAUCGUGGUCCAAUAACACGAUACAACUUAGACUGUGUUUCAAGAUACAAUUCCAUCCUAGAAAAAGGCAUUUGUGAUAACACACAAAUUGACGAUAACAUAGUAGUACGAUUGCCGAUGCCUGCCAGAUCACUCAUGAUUUUAUAUGGUCCAGCAAGAUAUCAAUGGGAACAUUCCGUUCUUCGACAAGAUGUUGCAUCGAAACGCAUUUGCCUCGCGUAUCGCGAAUUAACGCCACCAUUUCUUGAGAAUGGGGAACAGUAUGAGGAAGCUUCUAAGAUUUUGAGCGCCUUUCAAUGGGUAAUCCGGAGACAUGUACACUACGGGAAACGUAGUUAAGGGAUCUGAUUUUCCCAGCGGUUCAUAACCGUUCACGAGAUUUUCUCGUAAUUCCCAGCGACGCUUUUCCCUUUCCGUCUUUUGACGUCUGAUAGCUCGGCCAAGCAUACAUGCGAACAUAAUCCCCGUUAGCUAGAAAGAAACAAUAGACGGAAAUUAUUAUCAAACUUAUUUAUUUAUAUAAAUUACAUUUUCAAGAUUACGCUUUUAAUCGUAAAAUAGACAAGUUGGAGUAUAAUAAUCUCGAAGUUAAAAUAUUAAUAAGAUUUAUGUGUAAUUUGUAAGAAUUUAUGGACUUUGGAAAUUUGUAUAUAUAAAGAUUUUAGAUAUAUAUAUUAUUCCAGAAUAUUCUACUUCAACAUAUAUAUCGCUCAAUGUUGGCACAUGUUUUAUCUAUCCAGCAAAUAUAUUACGUGAUAGACUAUGAUUUCAUAGUUUAGCAUGCAAAAAAUGUGAUUAAAAUAAAGUUGGAAAAAUUGAAUCUUAC